AUGGCUCGCAACAACUCAUCAAUCGGACAAUACGACCUAUUCAAGGAUCUUAAUGCCUCAUCGUCUUUCGACUUGUAUGCUGAACUGGAGAAACUGAAAGUAGACAGAAGACAGAAGCUGAUCAAUGAGGAGAUGAAUACCUACUCGGCUACUUUCGGAAGGCUUUAUGAAAGACGCGGACCUAGACGCGUCAAUGAUUUGCGCCUAACAUCAACUCGACCGGCCGGCUCGUUGAGCCUCGUUUCGACCCAGGUGGAUCUCAAGAACCUGAAGAAAUAUGAGCAAAUUUGGAAGCGCGCUUCGGAUGUGGAGUCCAUCGAGGACAACUGGGUCUUCUCGACGAGACCGUUGGAUGCCAACACGUUGUUCGUCGCGAUCCCGGAUUCUAGAAGUGAGGAGUCGGUAGCAUCGCUGGACCAAGCCUUGAUGACGAUGGAGACAUCGGAAACGAGCUCGAGGGGAUCCUACGUACUUCUUGACGAUUCGAAGAACGACGACGAGCUUCUGCUCGCUGACAACUUGCUCGACAUCGCUGACGCCGAAUAUUUACACAGGGGAUACCAUCCCGAUCAGCUUGAUUUCGUUUUGUCGUGCCUUCAGCUCGUGCCGAACAACGUCGAGAUGGUUACUCCAAACAGAGAAGAUGAGCUCGCGAUUCGCGGAAACCAUUUUGAGUGCGAUGAGUUCGCCGGAGUGAAUCUUUUGUUCGCCCGUCGUACCGUUGAGCAGCUUCUCGCCGAGCGCACUUCCACGGUGCUGCCGGAAGCGUCUCAUCGUCACGACUACGUUCACAAGGUCGUCAUGCGGCUGUUCAUGAUUCAGCGCUUCGCGCCGGCACCGUUGCCGAAGCGGGAGAACACCCGCUCGAGAUGCUGCAGCUUCUGCUACAACUUCGUGCUCACCACGUGCCGGAAGAUGGGAGUUCGGGCGCCGUCGAAGGACGACUUCGGGCCGUGGUCGACCCACGAGAUCGUCGUCCGACAGAACAAUGAGAAGUUCACACAAUGCCAGUUCCUUCGUUGCCAGGUGUGCCCACACUGCAAGAUGUCCGGAACCAAGGCGCACACGAUGUCGCACUGCCCUGAGAAUCCGAACCGUCGUCGGAACUCGUUGAUGAUCGACGGUGACGAGAGUGAUGACAUCUCCGGGAUGGGCAGAACUGUGUUCGUCUUGAAGCCUCGUAGCCGCAGUUCCCAUAUUUAA